AUGAGCUUCUUUCUUUGGGUUGUUGACAUUGUUGAUACCUUCAGGCUUCAGGAGCAACCAACUAUGGACAAAAAGCAGUUUGUGACAUUCACGAAGAGGUACAUAAAGUUGUUGACCCAAGAGCUUUUCAAGAAGCAUUAUAUUGAGGGGGCCACCAAAUUCUUGAUCUCUAAACUCAGCGACCUCGAAUUUUUUGUGGGGGAGAGCAUGCAUGAUGAUGGGAGCAUUGUUUUUGCAUACUACAAGGAAGGUGCCACCGACCCAACAUGUAUCUACCUGGCCUAUGGCUUGAAGGAAAUAGUGUGUUAAUAAGAAUAGAAAGGAUACUUUCUACAAGCACUACAUUCACUUCAAGAAGCAGACAAGGGCAAUAAGGCAUUGAAAGCGCUCGCCUUCGGCUCCCUCUACUUCACUGGAGACUGAACUACCUGAGCCUGAGACGAAAGCCCAUUGCAAACACCUAUCAAUUAGAACCACAAGCAAACCUUCAUUGACUCCUCACUUUACUCCCAAGAAAAAGCUAGGCUCCUGAUCGAGCAACUAGUAGUCCUAUCUAUCCACCGCUCCAGACAAUAUCUUCAGUACCUAUGAUGGUGACCACAUCUGCUGGCAUGUGAUGUUUGGACAGGCUCUUCCCUUCAUGCCCCCAAUUGCAGCUUGUUCACUCCUUGAGAAUGAACUAUCAGGCGAAGAUCUUUGAUCCAAAUCUUCGCAUCUACUCUCUCUUAGAGGAUGAACCACGCCUGCCUUUGAAUGGUGCUGCUACAUGUACAAAUUUUUAUUAUAGUUUCUUAGUUUUGAAUGUUAUUUAAAAGGUUCACCAUAACUGGUAUUUUUUUAACCGAAAAAAAAAAAAAUCGAGAAAAAAGGUCUUGACAUAUUUGGAUUAACUUUCAAGUGUCACUGCAAAAUGCUCAAGUGCAGUGGUCUAUCCAUUACCUGUUAUAAAAACAAACACAAAUUACUACAAGUCAAUAGAUCAAAUUACACGAGGGUAUGGUUCUGGUGCACAAACUUAAAAGUUGGAACUUGUACUAGGCUUGAAGACCCUUUGAGAACCCAUCCACUCUAUGCGUAAUAGUUUAGGCUCGCCUUCUUU